AUGCCGCUGACAAGAGGGCACGUCCUGGUGAUUCCGAGGCGGCAUUUUCGGAAUCUGGGGGAGGUGAAUCUUGGGAAAUGGCUUCCUAUCAUCUCUAGGGUAGUCGUGAGAACAAUUCUAGGCACAGAACCUGAUGAACGUGGUGACGACCCAGCACACUGGAAUGUAGUACAGAAUAACGGCCUCCGAGCGGCGCAAACAGUUCCUCAUGCGCAUUUCCAUAUCAUCCCCAGGCCACCACUGGAAAAGAUCACGCCCUCAAAAAUGAGCUGGGUGAUGUUUGGUCGAGGUCAACGCGAUGAACUCGAAGACGACGAAGGGCAGAAACUAGCCACCCAGUUGAGGGCAGAACUCGCGAAGGAGGUUGCGAAGAUCAAGGAGACAGAUGGCGUCGACCUUGAUGAGGAUUGCUUCGAGGAAGGAUUUUCCUCAUCUCGACUCGGGAAACUAUGA